GCCAUUAAUGGAGCCGUGAAAAUCGGAGCGAAACAAAAGGGUUAGGGUUACGGUGCGUCUCUCUCUCUCUCUCUCGUUCGCCGGUAUAGAUGACGAAGGCCGCCGCCGCUGCCUCCCUCGCCGCCGCCGCCGCAGCAGCCGAUCGCCGCGUCGCCUUCUUCGAGGGAUCGAAGGGGAGGGAGGCGAAAAAGGUGGAGGAGGAGCAGGGAUCGAGAAUGAUGCGAUCGGUGGAUUCGGGAUCGUUGAAGAAGAAGAAGAUGACGACGACGACGAAGGGGGAGGAGAAGUUCGCGCCGCGAUUCGACGGGUUGCGCUUCAUCGAGACGCUGGUGACGGCGCACCGAUAGCGGCGCGCCGUGAGGUAACGCCGUCAAGUGUUCGUUCUUCUGUUACGGGAGCCGCUGCUUAAAAGAGGAGAGUGAGUGCGAGAGAGAGAAUUAGAACCCUAAUGAUUUACUCAAAAAUAUGAAUUUUUUUCCCCCAAAUUUUUCUCUUGAUUAAUACGCCAAGGUGUGAACUUGAUCGAUGUUUUCGUUAUAAUUAUUGUUAUCAUCAUUGUUGUGGUAAUUUGUAAGGGUUAUAUUGUGACGAUGAUUGGUAGCGUGAUGUAGCUGCCGUUUUUGUUAGCUGCAAAUAUAAUUUGUUUAGAUCUAUUCGAUUAUUGCUUUUGUUGUGGAAGUAUUUUCCCUUUUUUUUUUUUUGUUUGAGGACUAAAAUAGGGAAAAUUAAAAGGAUUUUUUUUUUA